UUAAACUGCAUCCUGUCCUCACUCUGUCUCCCUCAUGGCUCAGUCCUGGAGCCUCAGUAACUCUGAACUGUGAGGUUGAAUAUCCUUCUGAAGGAUGGAGCUUCUCCUGGUAUAAAGCUGUUCCUUAUUAUAAAAUAACAGAGGAGCCCUACACAUAUGAGCUGCUACCUGAUGGCAGCAAGACUGCUCAGAGUUUGUACAUCAUUACUGGGCAGACAAGCACAGCAGCAUAUGUGUGCAGAGCGGAAAGAGGAAGCAACUACUACUACACCUACUACAGCGAUCCAAAGUUUGUCUGGUCUGCUGAUGCUUCAUCAGCAGCGUCUCUCACAGUCGGCCCUGUAGUGCAAAAUUUUGGCUCUGACUUUGUCAAACUGACUUGUAAGGGAAACUCUUCUUCAUGGAGAGUGAGGAAGUUCCCAGAGAAUGGCCGGCCAUAUUGUAGCAACUUUUGGCUGUCAGGAGAAUCUGUAUGCACAAUCGACACAACAUAUUCAGAUGACGGAGUGUACUGGUGUGAGUCUAUGUUAAAAGAGUUCAGCAAUGCAGUCAACAUCACUUUACAGGGUUU